GCGGGUCUAUCGAUCGGCUCGUCUUCUUCGUUUGGGUUCUGUUCUGGCGUCCCUCCUGUGUAAAGGAGGCAUAUCAUUGUUCUGGUGGAAGUGAGGACGUUGAUACGGUUUUUCUGUUAAAUAAAGCACAUGAAAUUCGACUGAUUUCAUUAUCGAGCAACAAGUUAUCGGCUUCAGAUUCAGCUUGACACCUGUUAAGAAGAUGCCUCCAAGGAGGAAAAGUGCACGAGCGUUAGCGGCGGAAGCGUUGGCGAGACAAACGGCCCAGGCCAACGCUGCAGCGACGAUGGAAGCGGCCAAACAAGCAGCCGCGAGAUCCAAUUCGCCACAACGUAUUGCGGCGCCUAAGGCACCACCUCCAAAGAAACAACAGGGCGCAAAGGCUAAGACGCCCGCGCCAAGGAAAUCGACCAGGGGAAGGGGACCACCUCCCCCAUUUUUUGAUCUCCCACCACCACCCACGCCCAGGAUUCGCUAUGACGAUGAGGAAGAUGAAGGGGUGGUGUCUCACCUCCCUCCUCCGUCUACACCUCUACGUGAGGUCAGCGAUGAUGAGAUUGAAGAGCAGCCAUCAACGUCGAAAGGUGUCAUGUUGCAACCUGUUGUCGCACCAGCCUCGAAACCUGUUAAGAAGGGCAAGGGUAAGAAAAAGAAACAAUCUUCCUCAGAAGAAGAUGAAAAUAAGGAGAAGGAAUCUGAUAAGCAAGAAGGUGUUGAUUUGGGUCCAAUAGAAACUGUAAACUUGGAAUCGUCUGAUGAAGAGCAUCAAGCAAAAGUUUUUGAACGGGUUCUGGCGAAAUUGGGAGAUCGAUUUGGAGUUGUUGGAGGACCUCCCACCAAGAGAGCAACGCCACCACCUAUUCUUCAUCCAAUGAGAAUUGGGACCAAACUCAUCACCGUUAAACCCGGAGUCACAAUGGUCAUUGAUGACAUGGUCCACAACAUCGUGUACUACUUUAUCAUGAGUCAACACAAGAAAACUCCCGUGAAGAGAUUAGAUCUCCUGAAACAUUGCAUGAACGGACAAAAGAAGAACUACAACGAAGCACUUGCCCAAGGUGAAGCUGUUCUGAGCAAGGUAUGCGGGAUUAAAAUCGUUGGAUUGGACCAAGGAAAGCAGGGCUUCAUUACAUACAUGGCAAUUAGCAAUUAUUUGAGUGAUGUUGCAGAAUUGGUCACCGUCAGGUCUGCAGAUCAAUAUGCGAAGCGAGCAGCCCUCUUUCUGACUCUGGUCAUCAUGUUUAUGACCAACAAACCACUUUCCGAAGAUGAGGUCUGGAGUCUCAUUUGUGAGUUUGAAUUGGAAACAUUGAUGUGCACCAAGCGAGAGGACUUUCAUAAAUUUAUGAAAACGGAAUAUGUCCAGACACUGUAUUUCACUUCCGAAGAGAUCAUGGAUGAUGCUGACGGCGUUGGAUAUAGAUAUUCCUGGGGACCACGGGCACAUCAUGAAAUCAGCAAAUGGGCUAUCCUGAAAUUUGUUGCAAAACAAUUUGCAGGUGCAAGACCCGAAGACUAUGAGCUCCAACUGCAGAUAGCUAAAAUAGAUGAGCGGGAGGUGAUUGAAGCUGAUAUAGCAGCAUAUCAAGCGGAAUUGGCACUAGCACAGGCCGCACAAGCAGCGCAAGAUGCACAAGCCGAUCCUGCAGAUGGUCAGGACGAAAUUCCAGAAAGAUCUAGAACAGUUGUACGAUUUGCUAUUGAGGAGGAAAGACCAGACAGUGGCAACUUGUCACAAGUGGAGGAAAUUGAAACUGAGCAAGGGUCAUCUGACUCUGGCGAGGAUGGAGAAGAAAGGACAAAGCAGGGUAAUGAAAGUGUGAACAAGGAAGGAGAACAAGCUGAAAGCGAAGCUGAAUCUGGGAGUGAUGAGGCAGACGGGGAAAGCGGAGUGGAAAGUGAGGGGACGAAGGACGAGGAAGAAGCAGAGAGUGGCGAGGGGGAAGAGGAAUCUGGAAGUGGUGAAGAAGCAGACGGAAGCGCUGAAGAGGAAGAAGAGGGAAGCUCUGAAAGCGAGAAAGAGGAGAAGGGCGAGAGUGGAAGUGGCGAGGGGGAGGAGGAGGGCAGUGAUGAAGGAGAUGGAUCAGGGUCAGGUGACCAAGGGGGGACAGAUGAUUCUAAUGAGGACACUGGAGAGGAUUCAAGUGGAGAAGCUUCCUGAUUGUUAAAGAACAGUUGCGUUCCUCCCCCUACUCCAAUGCCCGGUAACGAUGGUAAUGAACUUGAUCUCGACAAUUGCCCAGAUUUGUCUAAUUUUUUUGACCAAUUUGACGACCAACCUGAAAAUGAUGUACAUUUAAACUUUCCAGCCCCCACUCCAAUGCCACAGCUCAGCGAUGACUAGCUUGUCUUGUGCAUAAGCAUCCAUCGCAUCCUUUCCAUCAUCUCUCAAACUUUGUUACAAAUAAUCAGAUUCUAUGCUCUUACGCUUCACCAAAGUACAAAUUGCGUGACCCAUGUAUGCAAUGCACUUUGUACUGCAUACCACUUAUUUUUUUUAUUUUAUCACCCACCACUUCUUCACAACUAGCUACCAAAUCAUCAUCAUACCUAUUAUUUAUAAAUAACCUAGAAAAGAGACUACCAACAUUUUCUUCUUACAAUUAAAUACUGGUCAUAACCAAACAAUUUGCUGACUUGGUGGAAACGGAGAGCUGCAUUAUUAAACCCAUAACGAAUUAUAUUUUUCCAAAUGAUAUCAACGACGUUGAACUCAUUUUUCUAAGUCCACAAUUCCAGAGAAUAUAUGAAACUUGAGCUUUUUUUACUGUGCUACCGUCGGAUAACAAAUUUUUAUCGAAUUCUUUCAUCAUUAUUAGAAAGAGAAUGGAAUUUUGUUAUGAUGCAUACCAAUUUAUUAUUCAUUGUGGAAAUGAAAACCUCUUGUGUUAGUCAGUCAGUCUAUAAAACUAUUUCGUUAUUUUUGUGUGCGUGUACUUUAUGACAACGCUUUUGUUUCAGUUCAUUUGAAUAUGCAUACAAACAUCUAUAACAUAACAUACACAUCAAUUUGUGUAUGUUAUUUAAUCAUAUUUAUGUAUUACUCACCCAUACAUUCUGUAAACUGAGGCUGAGUAAUGUGUAGCAAUCUUGUAGAGGUACAACAGGAUGAGACGUUUUUCGAAGCUUGAACUUUUAUGUUGUGCGUACUUUAAUUGUGUCUCAUUUUUCUGCAUUUGCAUUUUACCUUCAUUUUGUACAUACUUUAACAGUAUUAUAAUUAUGUGUUUAGGAUUAUGCAUGGUAUAAAUACAUUGUCGUCCCGGUGUCAUGUGUGUGAUACAUAAAGUGGUCAACUUUUAGUCCUAUUCUCUGUCUGUACCUAAAGUAAACGAAAGAUCUGAAAAGUAGUAUCAAGUAAUCUGUAGAUUUGUGUGUCAAACCAAGGGAAUCAUAAUCAUAAAACGUGAUUUACGGAUCCAAUAUAUCAUAUUCACUUCAAUUUGAAGUUUUGAAAUGUGACCAUAUAGUUCUCCAUCUAGUUCCCACCGAAUUAAUGUUGUACGCUUUGUAGAUGUUUAGAUAUUGGCAUUUAUAAAUGUUGUGAUAACAAAAAUUAAUGUGUGCGUAUUUAUAUGCAUCCACAUACCUACAUGUCUCUUUUCUCUAUGUCAUAAAAGGAAUUUAGGUCUCAGCAUUGUUAUUAAAUUAUUCUCAGUACUGUGGUCAGUACAGUAGUCAGCUAGUAGAAUAUAUAUGUAUACAUACAUAUGCUUAACUUAUUGUUUUUAAUUUCAUCAAGUAUUGUCUCCUUAUAAUGGUAUCCCUUAUGUCUCAUUCAUUAAAAAAAUUCAAUUGUUGUUUCACAGUUCCUCAACGAACUCUAAUUAACAAAUGAUUGGCUGUUCUCAAUCUAUUUAAAUGUUUUGAAAUUUCUCGGUGUGUAAAAUAAAUCGAUUAAUAGUUCAAUCUCACAAAA